CAAAGAAGAGACUAUUGCAAGAUUCUCUUGGGAAGCAUGUAUUUGUAGAGAAAGUGAUGCAACUAAGCUUCAUUUAUUCAUCUAGCUACUGGGAUUAAGAAAUGGUUUUGAGAAAAAUAGUUGCAUCGAUGAUGAGUUGUCUUGGGAUUAGUAAACAGCCCAAAGAGGCUUCUUCUUCGUCAACUACUAGUAUUGAUCCAUUAGUAGCUGUUGUUCCACUUAGGAUCAGAUUGGGUGAUGGAAGGUAUCUUGCAUACAAAGAGAGUGGUGUCCCUAAAAGCAAGUCCAUUUACAGAAUCAUUGUUGUUCAUGGCUUUGGCAGCUCCAAAGAUAUGAACUUCAUGGCUCCUCAAGAAGUAUUGGAAGAGCUUGGAAUAUACAUUUUGCUAUUUGAUCGAGCUGGCUAUGGUGAAAGUGAUCCAAACCCAAAACGCUCCUUAAAAAGUGAAGCAUCUGAUAUAGAGGAACUAGCGGAUCAGUUGCAGUUAGGGGCCAAAUUCUACGUUAUUAGUGUCUCAGUAGGAGCUUACCCCACCUGGAGUUGCCUCAAACGUAUACCACACAGGCUAGCUGGAGUGGCUCUUGUAGUUCCAUUUAUCAAUUACAAAUGGCCUUCUUUGCCUGAUGAACUCACAAGAGAUGAUUAUAGAAAGAAUCUUUCACGAUGGACAGUUUGGGUUACACGUUACACCCCAGGGCUAGUACAUUGGUGGUUAACUCAAAAGAUAUUUCCUUCUUCAUCUACUGUUCUUGACCGUAACCCAAGAUUCUUCAGUAAAAAAGACUUGGAAGUCUUGAAGAAUACACCAGGGUAUCAAUUGCUUAGUAAGAAUAAGCUCAAAGAACGAGUUGUUUUCGACUCCAUCCGUCGUGACUUUAUUGUUGCUUUUAGCAAAUGGGAUUUUGAUCCACUGGAGCUUGAAAAUCCUAUGUUGGGAAAAGGUGGCAAAAGCUCAGUUCACAUAUGGCAAGGCUUUGAAGACAAGGUUGUGCCUGUUGAGUUACAAAGAUGUGUGUCGAAAUAUCUCCCCUGGAUACACUAUCAUGAAGUUCCUGAUGGUGGACAUUUACUUGUGUAUGAUAGUGCAGUGUGUGAAGCUAUUUUGAGGUCUCUUUUGUUGCAAGAUGAUCCUCCAUUGUAUAGGCCUAAAUAUAAUGCUUAGGGUUUAUUUUCUGAUUAAUUUAUUUAUUCUUCACAUUUC